AUGUAUGAAAGCAGUUCUGUAGCGAAGCUGAUAAAAGAAAGAGGGUCGCCUCUAUAUGAGGUUACAGUCCGAAUCUACACCAGACAAAUUCUUGAAGGCUUGAAAUAUUUGCACAAUAACAAACCGAUCAUCAUUCACAGAGACGUAAAAGGUGAGAACGUGCUGCUGGAGUCACCAGACAAGGUCCAGCUGACCAACUUCGGACUGUCCAAGAUCCUCCACACACUGACCAAUGCCAGGUCAAAGGUCGGCACGUCCUACUGGAUGGCGCCUGAGAUUAUCACAGGAACAGGAAGUGAGAACUAUGACGUCAGAGCGGAUAUCUGGUACAUACGUUUUACAGACUGA